UUUUUUUUUUUAGUUUUCUUAUAAUUUGAUAUCCGGUAAUUGUCUGUGCGCCCAUUGUUAUUAAUACAAAAAAAAUUCAGGUCAACUGAUUUAUUCUUUUUUUUAGACUCAAAUCACAUUCUGUCAAUCAAACGAAAGGAAAAAAAAAAUCUCGGCUGAAUCACUUUCCUGCUUUGAUUUUGAAAGACCCUUUCUCAUCAUAAACUCAAUCGAUCAUCCACUGCCAUUAUAUUCAUACUAUGAAUAUCCCUUCAUCUCCUCAGCCACUACAGCAAAACGAAACAUCAUACAAGUUACAAUACCCAUCUCAACUUCCAUUGUACGAUUAUUCUCAAGGAAAAGUGAUUUCCCAUAAUGAUCAUAAUCAUGAAUGGUCGCACACACCACCUGCUACACCAGUCUCAACAGGUAUUCAACAUGCUAUGAUGAUACCAUCUCAAUCACACUUGGACCACUUUUUAUCACAUACAAGUAUUGAGGAAUCACCAUCUGUUAGUCUGAAUAUGGAUCAACCUUCACCUAUUGGGGUAUUCAAUCAAUCUGCCUAUGAUAUCAGUUUGCCCUUUUAUGCCGACUUCCCUAGUGAACUGGAGUUGAAACAUCCUAAGAGCCCCAAUGAAUGUGCUCAAAACUGUGUUACAACAACGGAAACAACGAGUACCCAAGCCAGAAACGAACGUCACACUCUUCCGUAUUCUUCAUCGACAUUUUAUGGCAUGACAGAAGAUCGAAUUCACCAAACUUCUUUUUCAUCCUCUCCUUCUUCUUCCUCUACUUUAUGUACUACCGUGGAUGAUAUGAAUGCUACUUUGGAUCAAACAUCUUCUUCCUGUACUUCAUCAUCUGUCAUAGAAGAACUUUCUUUUUCAGAUGCUGAUCAAGAUACUUUAUCAUCUGCUUCUUCCUUAUUUGGUCAUCUGUCAAAAGCUCAAUUAAUUGAAAGAGUGGUCAAACUUGAACAAGAAAAAAGACGUACCACUUCUUCUUCUUCUUCCGUAUCUGCUUCUCCAUCGGAUUGGUUAUCGGAAAAAAAGAAGUUAAAAAGAGAAUCUUCCCAGGAUGAAUCUUCAGGCCAAGUACAAGAUAUCCAUUUAUGUCGCUGGAUCAAUUGCCGAACCGAAACUGCUACAUUGGAUGAAUUGAUUACACAUCUCCGGGAAACACAUAUUGGCAGUGGCAAGGCUGCUUACCAUUGUGAAUGGAUUGGUUGUGCAAGAAACAAGAAACCCUUUAUGAAACGUCACAAGAUGCAUAAUCAUCUUCGUACUCAUACUGGUGAACGCCCUUUUGUUUGUACUGUUCCUGAUUGUAACAAGCGAUUCUCUCGUCCUGAUUCGUUGAACACUCAUAUUCGAACACAUAGCAAUAUACGCCCUUACUCAUGCCCUGUGAAUGGAUGUACCAAAGCCUAUUUUCAUUCUCGAUCACUUCGAAAACACGUCAAAGGUCACGAAGCAGCUGGUGUCAUUGUACCAAGACCUGUGGCAAGAACAGCAGCAAUUCAUCGAAAGAAACAUCAACCACCUCGUUCUACUUUUUCAGCACCUUCGCCUGAACAACAAAAGAAUAAUACCAUAGUAUCAUCAUCAUCCUCUCCUUCUUUAUCAUCAGUAUCGCAAUCAAUUCCAUCCUUAUUAACAACGGCUACAAAAAUGGCAUCACCUCCUAUAGUCUAUUCUACCGUUAUACCUUCUUCUUCUUCUUCAUCACCUCAUCCUAAUGAAUGGAAUUCAUCCACUAUGACUUUUUCUUCCUAUCCUAUGACUACGACAUCAAGAACUCCAGCACAAUUAACACCCAUAUCACCAGAUCAACUACCUACCAAUUUUGUACCCAUGUCAUCUUCCUCGUCAUCGCCAAUAUUAUCAUCACCUUCUUCGUCUUCAUCUUUCUCGACUUCUAUUGCGGUUGCCAAUCAUAUGCCUGUAUCUGAUCCAAUUGUUCUGGCCUGUUCAUAUGUACCUCCUCCGCAACAACAGUUGACUUCUUCUCCUACAACAACUACAACACAUUCCUUACUCUAUGAACAACAUCACGAUCCGGCUAGCUCUACUUCUUCCUCAUAUGCAUAUGCCCUUUACAAUGAACAUCAUUAUGAAUCAUUAUAA